AUGUCAUUUGUGUUCCAGAAAUUCCUGUACAUUGAGUCAGCCAGCCUAGGUUCUGAUGUCACCAUAGUCUCCGACUUGUUGUUUUCAGGUUCGGCGCUCAAUGGGAUGUUCCACAAUAAGAAGCUAAAAUAUCAGAAGCCAAAGCAUACCAUCAUGUCAUCGGACCCGGCUCGGAUGAUAGGCUGGCGAUUGCCUGUUUUCUUGGUUUCCGGUGAAUCUUGCAUUGUUGCAGAGGGACUUGACCUCCAAUGCGUCUGCUGUCUUGCCUCAAACCGUGUUCAUUCAUGGGGACUCAUCAAUAAUGUUGCAUAUCAGGUCACAUCCACCAACAUAAACUCGAGCAUCAACGUGUUGAAGUCCUUGAUCGAGAGCGAUCCCAAUCUCUACAAACUGUCGACAGAGACGUUCACACAAACUCGCCCUGGAGAUCCAACCAUCCCUAGCGACCUUGCGACCUCCAUCGUCAGCAAUGCCUUCCAUGACGCUCUCAAGGACUGGGGCGGACUUCUCCACACUACAGAAUUAGCAGCUGUCCUAAAGGACGAGCCUAAUGGCUGGUUCAGCCCCGAUGCUCUUUCCAACAUGCGCAAUUUCGAGAAAACCUUCAUAUGCGACCCCAGCAAACCCCACUGGGAAAAACUCCGCGAAGGCGCCCGACCGAUUGCGGAGCCAGAUAACCCGGGUAACGUGUGUUGCUGGUUUUGGGGGGAUCUUGGAACUACGCAUUGUCUUAUUUUUGAGCCACAGGUCAAGGUGGAUUGGGGCGAUAUUAAAGAUAUGAAGGUUGGACAGAAGAUAACCCGGAUAUCCCUGGGCAGAUCUGGUGGGGUAUCUGAGUGA